AUGAAGAUCGCUACUGAGGAAGAGCUUGCUGGCCACCAUGCCGCAACGGUUCGCGGAGCAAUCGAAGGUGCCUUCGCUGGCUUCGCCAUCUCCGUACCCGCAUCCCUCUGGAUGCACCGCCGCUGGCCGGCAUACCGUGCGCUCCCUAUUCAGCUCAAGGUGUUGGGCGUCAUCUUCGUCGUCGCACCCCUAUACGCCAUUCAAGCCGAGCGGCGCGGUAUUGAGUUCGACGAGUCCACAUGGACAGGCGCAGGGAAGCGUGAGCUUGAGCGCUCAAGGGCCGCGAAGGCCUCCCGCUGGAACCGGCUGGACACUCAAGCGAAGCUGAAGGAAUGGGCUAUCAGCAACCAGUACAAGAUCAUCGUAGGCAGUUGGGCGACGAGUAUGGCUAUAGCCACUGUUGUCGUCAUGCGUAACAAGCAUCAAACAGCACCACAGAAAAUCGUACAGGCUCGUAUGUGGGCCCAGGGCCUCACAAUUGGCGUCCUCAUCGCCGCUGGUAUCUUGACACAGGCUAGUCGGAAGGAGGCUCACAAGCACCGUGAAGAUGACCACACAUGGAAGAACAUGGUGGAGGAGUACCAGAAGGAGGAGCAAUUGUCAUCACAAGCCAAAAUCUCACACGUGCUCCCCGCGGCCGCGGCGGCACACCCAUCGUCAUGAGAGUGUUUUGCGUCUCUCACUUGCCCGCCCAUUGCCCGCCACGUCCUGUCAUGAUAUUUUCCCUUUUAUUAUUCUAGCCCUGUACAGUAAUCGGUUUGCUUCCGGUAGAGUUGGUGGGUGACGGUCGCCGGGUUCAGAUUGCACUUACACCGUCUUGGAUUACUUAUUAC